AUGAUCGAAAAGUCGGCAGCUUUUCGUGGAGCGGUGGCUUGUAACCCUAAGGACUGGAAACUUGCCUUGGAUGGUCUCUACGAGGGUAUCGAAGGCAACGAUAUUGCUGGAUACAUUGAGGCAGUCGGGUCUGAGGUGAAGAAUCUCAAGAAGGGCGAUAGGGUGAUCGCAUUCACCCGUAUGGCCUCAGGCGAUCAGUACGGUGCAUACCAGCAAUACACCGUCGCUCCUGCUUGGACGACUGCCAAAUUUAACGAAAAGAUCUCGCUCGUGGAUGGUGCAACACUUCCCCUAGCAGUCACUACCGCAUUUAUCGGACUUUUCGACAAGCUCUGUCUACCGGAGCCCUCGUCUGACAGCAGGCCUGCCGGUGGCACUGACAAAAUCAAUCUCCUUGUGUGGGGUGCCAGCUCCUCCGUGGGCGCCUACGUCACCCAACUUGCCAGAAUCGCCGGGUUCAACAUCGUCGCUGUUGCCGGUGCCGCUCAAAUUGCUGUUCACGAGCUCGGUAUGGACGGCAACAAGUCGUCGACUACCGAGACGAUCGCCCCAGAGAGUUUCGGCGAGCGGUGGUUCAAGACGGUCACGCGCUGGGUGGAAGAGGGGAAGUUGAAGCCGAACAAGGUGCUCAUCCUGGAGGGUGGUAUUGAUGGUAUUCCAGCAGGAUUGAAGCUGUUAGAGGAGAACAAGGUUAGCAACCGCAAGCUUUUUGCUCGCAUCGCCGACACCAAGCCUUCCAUCGCAACUGCCAAGAUAUAG